AUCCGAUAGGUAACGACGUCGACGACGGAAUCGUCUAAUGUAGGUCUUGGUUCACGAGGAUCCGCCAUUGAUGCUUCUCUAAGCACACCAUAAAAAGCCCCAAUUCCGCUCUCUUACCGUCCCCAAAUCCCACCUCCCAAUCCAUCUCCAGCUCUAUUUCUGGCUCUGCCUUCAUCCUCGAAAUUCUUCGAUCGCGAAUUCAGCUAGCAAUAUUGUCCAUUUCCUUUUUUUUCUUGAAGAGUUUGUGGUUCUUCGUUCGAUUCAUUUCUUCAGAUUUGGAAUUUGGAGGCUUUGUUUCCAUUUUUGGUUCGUCUUGGAGUUAAAGAUUGGAUCUUUGUCGUUGUUUUCCAUCGAUUUCAUGCCUUCUUCCUGGGCGGCGACGCCGUCGUAUUGGUGCUACCGCUGUAGCCGCUUUGUCCGGGUGCGGCGAGAGGACGUCAUCGUUUGCCCCGACUGCGACGGCGGGUUCCUUGAGGAAGUUUCAUCUCCCCCUCCGCGCAUCCCCCCCGCUGGCUCUCCCGGUCGCCGACAGAUCCCCUCCCCAGGCCUUGGCACAGACGGUUCCGUUACGGCUCCUCCUCCAUCACGGACCUCCCAGCUCAGAUUCCGCCGCAACCGCCAUGGAUCGGCCGGGGACCGGUCGUCCCCUUUCAACCCCGUCAUCGUCCUUCGCAGUCCUUCCCAAGGCGGUCACGAUGAAGAAGGCGCGGCCGCCGCCUCCAACAGCUUCGAGCUGUACUACGACGAUGGCUCCGGCUCCGGUCUCCGCCCCUUGCCGGAAAGCAUUUCUGAUUUCCUGAUGGGGUCGGGCUUUGACCGCCUCCUCCAGCAGCUUGCUCAGAUCGAGAUCAACGGAACAGGUCGCGAGAGGCCUUGGGAGCACCCGCCGGCCUCGAAGGCCGCCAUAGAGUCAAUGCCUACGGUACAGAUCGUCGAUGAUCACAUUGGGAAAGAUUGCCAUUGCGCCAUCUGCAUGGACCCCUUCAAGCUCGGAGCUGAGGCCCGGGAGAUGCCCUGCAAGCACAUCUAUCACCAAGAUUGCAUUUUGCCUUGGCUUUCGAUGAGGAACUCGUGCCCCGUUUGCCGGCACGAGAUGCCGGCGGACGAACUCGACGAACAGCCUGAGAUAUCCGGCAACGACGAAGAGACCGUCGGGCUAACCAUAUGGAGGCUUCCCGGCGGAGGCUUCGCUGUAGGGAGGUUCGCCGGCGGCAGGCGAGCAGGGGACCAUGAAUUCCCUCUUGUUUACACUGAGAUGGACGGUGGAUUCACCAACGACGGAGCACCAAGAAGGAUCUCAUGGACCUCAAGGCGCAGCACGCCGAGGGAGAGUGGGGGCAUCUUCCGGUCCCUCCGCAACUUCCUCUCAUUCUUCAGGCCAUCGAGGCCGAGCUCGGAAGCUUCUCCAGCAUCCUCCGGUAGGCAUCUCAGAAGCUCAAUUUUCAGGAGGAAUUCACGAAAUUGAAGCACCAUUUUGGGUAAGAAUUCCAGUGCGAUCGUUUGGUGAUGCCAUACAAAGUCGGCAUCUUCAGCGAUCGAUUGCAGAAAAUUCUAUGAUUUAAUUCAAAUAAAAUCUUAGUGGAAGAAAAUACAAGGUGGCCAUUUUUGCCUGAUUUAAAGUCUUAAAACAUCAAUAUUCAAAAACAAUAAGAUAGUUUAUCGGACAAUAUUCAGUUUGAACAGAGAGACAAGCUUCAGAGUUCAGACUCAAAACAUUAUUUGCUUGCAGCAAUGGUUGACCAGGAAAGCUGCAGGAAGUCAGAAACCACUGUAAGGCAUUAGGGUUUUCAAAGCUUGAUUCUGAUCUUCUCAGUGAUCAUUUCAACAUUAUCUAAGUUAAAAUAUUUGUAGACAGAAGAACAUGAGAACCAUGAGUUCCCAACCAGGAGAAUUAAUUAAAGAGAAAAAGAGAAGUAGAUCUGUAGCUGGCAAAUUAUUGUGUUCAACUUUGAGCCAAACUUGCAUGAUCAGUCAAAGUAUUGGAUGCAAUUUCUCUUUA